UUGAGAAGCACUGGUUAGAAAUAUGUAAAUAGUAAAGUGACUUUUAACCUAAAAGAUUUGUUAUUUUCUGACAUAUGCAUUAACUGUUUUAUUAAACAAAUGUAUUAAAUAAUUGAAACAAACUGUAUCUAAGGGUUUUGAUUUUAAAAACAAAAAAUACGCUGCACUUAAAGUCAUGUCAAAAUUUAAUUUGGCAAAUGGAAAAAGAUAAAAUAAAAUGUUUUAUGAAACGAGAAGAAAUUGCAGCUAGUGGUAGGGACGUGUUCAAAUUACCAAAUAGUGUAAGAGAAAUAUUAACGAGGGACAUAAACUACUGCAGGCAACGCAUAUUGGAAAGCCAGGAGAAAUUAGAAAAUAUUCAAAUUUUAUUAAAACUGGCUAGGUAUUCGAGUAUUAAGGACUAUUAUGAAAAUAAUAAAGCCAUAUUAGAGGCUAUUAAUAAUGAAUCUUUGCAAGGAUUCACGUCCUUGCAGCACCCAACAAUUGUAGCUGCACAAGCCCAGUUAUUGAAAUUAUCAAAUAAAAGAUCGACGAGACAAGGUGCCAAAAAAACAGAUACUGAAAAUUUUAUUAAGACUAGUACAGAUAAAUCAAAAUUUAAACUAGACACUUCAAGAUCAUUUGUUAAAGCCAAAAAUAAAACGACUUCUGUCAUAACAACUUUGGACAAAAGUAAGACUCGAACUGAUUUGACUCGAUAUGACAAUAUCAAACCUCAGCUGGUAUUAAAUCAGGAUCGAUCAUCAAGAUUUUUUUCUAAAUUCACUCUCUUGAUAGGCAAUACAAGUCAAUUUGUUGGCGAUGAUAACUCUGACAAUUGCACUCACAAUUGGUGUGUCUACGUCAGGAGACCAGAGGAUCAGCCGAGUGUUGGUGAAAUAUUGCAAAAAGUUCGAUUUCACUUAGAUGCAUCUUACAAACCAAAUGAUGUUGUGGAAGUAGUUGGUGAACCAUUUUCAUUAUACAAAAGAGGCUGGGGAGAAUUUCCAAUAAAUGUUGAAAUGUUCUUCAAAAGUAAUGAAAAACCUAUUUCAUACCUGCAUCACCUAAAACUUGAUAAACUAAAAUCAGGACGAUACUGUCUGGAAACAGAAGCUGCCGUGGAAGUUAUUUUAAAUUUAGAUCCAAACCAUUUGGACAAAACAUCCAAAAAAGUAGUACCUGAAUUUACAUUUAAACUGAUGGAGGAAAGCAUAGAUGAUGUUGCAGCUACGAAUAUUAAAAAUGUCAUUCAGCAAAAUUACUCAUCUCUAGAUACUUCGGUAAAAACAGAAGAUGAUGAAAUUAUUGAUUCUAAAGACUUUUUUGAAGAAGAGCCUCAAUUAUGUGAUAUCAAACAAUAUGAAUCAGAUCAAUUUAUUAUUUCCUAA